GUCCAUCCUGUUGCAGCCCCGCCCUCCUCUCUGGGUGCUCUCCCAUGGCCGAGUCGCCCACCAUGCAAAGCUGGCAAGCAGCGCGGGAGCUACCUGGAUCGUGGCUGCCAGAACGUACCGUAUGGUUGAAUACUGGAGCACCUAUGCCUCUUCUGGGGCUGGGCACGUACCGCCUGAAAGAUCGGGAGAUGGUGCGCCUUAGCCUGAAUGCCGCUUUGGAGAACGGCUACCGUUUGGUGGACACGGCUGCCGUCUACGGCAAUGAGGCAGCCAUAGCGAGUGCGCUUCGUGAGCUGCUACCGCGCUAUGGUCUCAGACGCGAGGAUAUCUUUCUUACCAGCAAGCUGAGCCCCAGAGACCACGGAGAGGGGGCUGCUGAAGCGGCCUGCCUCCAUAGCUUGCAGGAAUUGGGCUGCGAUUACCUGGACCUUUAUCUCAUCCAUUGGCCGGGCACACAAGGCCGACCCCAGGAAGAUAAGGGUAACAAAGAACAUCGACAGCAGAGCUGGCGAGCUCUGGAGAGACUGUAUGAAUCUGGGAAGCUCCGGGCGAUCGGGGUCUCCAAUUACACUGUCGAGCAUCUUCAAGAGCUGCUCAUGAGUUGCCGUGUGCCUCCAGCUGUUCUCCAAGUGGAGUUCCAUCCGGAACUGGCCCAGUCAGAGCUGCUGGAUUUCUGUCGCCAGAAGGGCAUCCAUCUACAGGCUUACUCUUCGUUGGGAACCGGCCCACUUGUGGGUCGGCCAGAGGUAGUGAAGAUCGCCGGGCGGCAACGGUGUACCCCGGCCCAAGUGUUGCUACGCUGGGCUCUACAGCAGGGGGUGAGCGUCAUCCCUAAGUCAGCAUCCCCAGCCCGUGUGGCUGAGAACAGUCAGCUCUGGGGUUGGAGCUUGACCCAAAUGGAGAUGGAGGAAUUGAGUGCACUGGAUUGUGGGAAACACUAUUGUUGGGACCCCAGUGGUGUGGCUUAGGACAUCGGGCCUGGGAGGUUGUGGCGAGAAUUAGUUCUAAAAGUCAGGAAGACCCUUCGAAUACAAAAUUUUCAAAUUCUUUCCCUCAGCAUCCAAGAUUUGGGUAUGUGUCUGUGGCCAGCUCCAGAGGCGACUGCUGCUGGUGGAUUUGUAACCGCUUGAGUGAUGGGUUCUUGACAACACACACCAGAAAUAACAGUGUUUUAAUAAAGGUUUUUACAAAUUUA